AUGUCGUCGGUCGCCUUGUCCCCCAGACAGCACGCGGUCGCGCGUAACACCGUUGUUGGCACUCCAGCACCGCUAGCUCGUGCGACUCUCUCCCCCACGCCGGAGAAGGCAGUCGUGGUUCACGGUCGCCGCCAUCCUCGGAUCGUGAUACCUGACAGCCCGGACAUGCCGUCCAACCCGCCGUCAUCUGACAAUCGCUCGACGAGAAUUUAUACUGUGAGAACGUCGGAUGUCAUCAUGAAGAAAUAUCAAGUCCGGGCAAGCAUCGGCUUUGGAAGCAGUGGCACCGUUGUCCUCGCCGAGAAUCAAAUCACUGGCUCGGUGGUAGCCAUCAAGGUUUUUCAUCGUGACCCCGACAGGGGCGCAGACUGGGAUAACGAGGUCUUGAUAUACGGAAAGCUGGUCGCGGGCUGUAGCCCACAUGUCGACCUAUUCGUGCGUGUUCUCGGAAGCGGCGUUCACGCCGGGUUUCGAUGCAUCGCCUUCGAGCUCUGCCAGGCUACACUCUUUGAGGUGCUCCAGGGCUUUUCGGGGUUGAUACCACUUCCCAUGAGACACAUCGUGGAGAUUGGGUAUCAGAUCGUGCAGGCCGUAGGAUAUCUACACUCGCUCAAUAUCGUCCACACCGAUAUCAAGUUAGAUAAUGUGGCGCUCAGAGUUCGGGAUACUGUCAACGUUCGCUGGCUGGAUCCGACAGCCGGAUUUCAGGAUAAGAAAAUCCUUGUAUCUGCGAAGAUCUGCAUCAUCGACUUGGGGAGCGCAGUUGAGCUUCAGGGUCGCGGCCCGUGUCACGUUCGGAUUGGCACGCGCGGUUAUCGUGCACCAGAGGUUGCCAUUGGCCUCCCUUGGUUUCGCAAGGUCGACGUUUUCUCUAUUGGCUGCGUCAUCGCAGAAUUAUAUCUCGCCCACAACCUGUUCAGCCCCAGCAUCGAAGGCGACAGGGAGUACCUCGCCGCCGUGGAGCGCGUUUUUGGCCCAUAUCCACUCGACUACGCCGAGGAUGCUGAGUCCAAGGUUCCUGGUACCUUUGCGCUCCAGAACGGGGCCUCUGUCCAAUAUCCGCCACCGGGUAUUUCCUUGGCUGCCUCCGACUACGCCGAUGCGAUGCGCCGACUCGAGCAUGCGCGCCCGUUGGCGGCACUCAUCCACGACCGCACUCUAAUCGACCUUCUUCGCAGAAUGAUGGCCCCCGUGCCGGCGCGUCGCAUUUCCUUGGAGGACGCUGCGAAGCACAUGUUUUUUGACUCUUUAAUGGAGAUGGAGAGGAUUGAGCGACCCGUUUUCAUGUCAAACCGGAACUUCCGCACCGAGUACGGCGCACCCGGCUCCGUAACGCUUCCGCGCUUCCGCGCGUCCGCCCGUGAAUCUUCCUCCCCCUGGGCGCUUGCGAGCCAGAGAAAGACUGCCUCGCGCAUGAGCACCACCAACGGCACGACUGGCAGAUCCUCGCGCGUGAUGUCGGACCAGGACAAGCAACUCGCGCAAGGGUCGUCACUCAACGCGUUCGGGGCGAGGGACAAGACGGUCGAGUUCGCAAAGGGCAACACGCACACGUCCGGGGUAGUCCCGACGCCAUUCGAGGAACGUUACGCAUUCGCCUUUGUCCGCCACUCGUGCUACGGGCGCAACAACUGCAUUGACACGGCGCGCAAUGCCCACUUGUAA